AUGGAAGCCUUCGAAUACAACGCAGCACCUGCCAGAGUGAUCUUUGGCAGUGGCACGAUUUCGAAGCUCUCCGAAGAAGUCUCUCGACAGAAGCUCUCAAGACCCCUCCUUCUCUCUACUCCUCAGCAAGUCGAUCAUAUGAAGCAAUUGAAGACCCUACUCAAUGGCAAGGAGGCAGGUGUCUUCUCGGAGGCAACGAUGCAUACGCCUUCGCACGUCACAGACAAGGCUUUAGCAUACGCCAAAUCAGUAAAUGCAGAUUCGGUCAUCUCUAUUGGAGGCGGUAGUACGAUCGGUCUUGGGAAGGCGAUAUCUAUAAGGACCGGGCUUCCGCAUAUCUGUAUCCCAACUACUUAUGCGGGGUCGGAAAUGACUCCAAUCCUUGGAGAGACCCAAGAUGGGAAGAAAACCACUCGAAGCGAUCCUAAGAUCCUGCCUGGGACGGUGAUUUAUGAUGUCGAUUUUACCAUGACUCUGCCAGCCAGCAUGAGCGCCACAAGUGGUGUAAAUGCGACUGCGCAUGCAGUUGAAGCACUUUACGCCCGCAACACAAACCCUAUAAUCAACCUCCUAGCCCUCGAAGGUAUCUCAGCCCUCUCCACGUCUCUCCCUGACAUCGUAUCCGACCCCUCCUCUCCUCCUGCCCGUCAAAAAGCACUUUACGGUGCAUGGCUCUGCGGAACCUGUCUCGGCGCAGUCGGAAUGUCCUUACACCACAAGCUCUGCCAUACACUCGGUGGAUCCUUCAAUAUGCCUCAUGCCGAAACACAUACAAUCAUCCUUCCUCACGCUCUAGCAUACAAUGCACCGAAUAUACCAGAAGUGAUAAAGAAAAUUGCAGAAGUGUUACCUGGGAGUGAUGGAGAUGCUAUCAAAGGGUUGAACUUGCUUCUAGAGAAGCUCCAUGUAAAAAGAGGGCUCAAAGAUUUUGGUUUCAAGGAAGAGGAUGUCGAUAAGGCGGCGGAAAUUGCUGUUGGGAAUCCGUAUUGGAAUCCGAGGCCGGUGGAGGAGAAGCCGAUAAGGGAGCUGUUGCGAAGAGCUUGGGCUGGCGAGGAGGCGAGGGCGGAUUUGUAA